AUGCCACCACCUAUACGAUGCAUUGACGAGGAGAACUGCCGCAGGCGGAGUUGUAGAUUUGUGCAUCCUGGCGAGCCCGAUUGGCCGUAUGCGAUAGAGUCGAAUCUUGCCAAGAAGAAACGAGCACAGGCGGCAGCAGCGGGACACGGGAGCAGGGAUACUGGGUACGAAUCGCGUCCGAAAGCAAGCAGGGAGUCUACCGGACGUGGGUCCAUCACGAGCGCCACCUCUGGCCGGGGAGACUCAGGCGGUGGCAAGGCCUCACCUGAACGAACCCGCGCGACCCCUCACCACAAGGAUGGGGCAGCACAGGCUCUGGGGGUGGCUGGGGUGCUUCACAUAGCGGGGGAUGGGGGGCAACUACGACCAACGACAGUGGUUGGGGGGCUCCGUCUGCUGACACAAGCUUUGGGAACGCGUCGACUAGUGGGUGGGGGGAGCCUUCGGACAGUGUAUGGGGCAACCCAGAACCCUCUUCUCGCCGCAACUCGUCGUUUGGUGCGCCCAAGUCCCCGACCAAGCCAGACAAGUCGCCCCCACGCCAUUCGCAUUCGUCGUCAUCCAAAGACAAGGAUCGGGAAAGGGAAAGGGAAAGAGAACGCCACCGAGAGAGGGACAGAGCUGCAGAUCGAGAUUAUUCUCGCCGACGUUCUCCCUCCCCCAGCAAACCGUCGAGCAAGCUAUCCUCCCGUGAUGAAUCAAAUCGCUCCCCCAAGCCAACACUCAAUACUUCGCUCCGCCAACAAAAACUUGGACACUGCCUCUGCCUCUGCAGCAUCGACUACCACCAGCCAAAUGCCCAUCUCUAUAUCGCUUCCUCAUGCAGUCAACUCAUCAAGCACCCCUGCCAUCCCCCUGGGCUUUGGUGUGCCAACUGCACCGCGCGGUGCCCCCUCUGUACCUUCUGCCCAGUCCUCAGCGCCACCACCUCCACCCUCGGAUACGUCCCAGACCACUGUUCCUAUCGCCAACUCCGCCUCCAAAUCACCACCCCAAUCUUCGGGCCCCACCAAAACCCACGCGCUCCCUGUGCGACCAGCUGGCACGAACGAUAUUCAACCUCCGCCCUCAACUAGUACUUCGGCUACGCCGAUGGUGCUGCCUCAUGGGCAGAAAAGCUCAGCUACGCCCACGACCUCUGAGGUGCCAGAAAUCGCUAUGAAUCAAGAUCCUCCACUUUCGGUAGCUCCUGGUCCAACACCAACCGCUUUGUCUGUUGAUCGGCCAUAUGAAUGGAUCGAAUCCCUUGAAUCUUUGAUCAAACAGAACCGUGUUUUGCAAAACUGUAAAUUACAGUAUGCGCGUGCCGAAACACAAGAAAAGAUGUUGGCUCGUCUGCCUCCUGGCACCUCAAAACGGAAGGUGGGCGAUAGCGCUCCGAGUUUAUCUGAUAUGCGACGCCGCAUUGAGACUACGGAAGCGGAGCUACAGGUUUUGCUCGGUCAGUUUGCGAGUCGCAUGGAGGUAUUCUAUCGCCCGACGGAGAUGAUCAAACAUGUCGAUGGGGGCAAACAGGAUGAAGAAACGUUGAGUAUGGCACGCAGACUAUCCGAUCAGGUGUCCAAGCUCGAAUCGGAGAUGCAGUUGCUCAAUAUCGGUGCGGCCAAGGGUGCGGAAAUGAAGAAGCUCGACGAGACAAUUCAGACUAGCUCCCAGGCGAUUAAGAAGGAACGAGAAGAGCGCACUAAGGCUGUCGAGGAUGUAAAAAAGGACUUUAAAGUGUUGGGAGAGGACUUGAACCGGACCAAGGUUGAAUGUGAGCACUUGCGUGAAGAGCUUGUCGCCAGCGGAUCGAAUUUCGAUCAAGUCCGACGUGACGCUCAGGCCAUACGAGAUGAUCAAGUUGCGGUCAAGGAGGAAGUCAAGGCUACCAAGCUCGAAGCCGAAAACACCAAGACCGAUGUACAGACCGUCAAGGCCAAGAUGAACGAGGUCGACCAGGAGGUAACGAACAUCAAAACCGAACUGGAGAGACUCAGGACUAAAUUGGCAACUCCUCCGCCUACUCCCCCUCGUCCGUCUGUUCCUUCCCCGGCUACGACUUCCGGGAAACGUGCUCGAAAUGAGACCAGUGGUCAUAGUCCGAACGCAAUGGAUGUCGAUGAUGUCCUUCCACCUGCCAAGCGUGCUCGUACAGCCGAUCCACUUCGCCCGUCCCCCUUUGUGGACUCGAGCACACCUUUUGGUAGUCCCAAACCGGCGCGCUUCGAUGGAAUCAGUCGGCGGGAGCUCUCGCAACGUAUCGAUAUGCUCGAGGGUUUGAUCGAGGGCCUCCAAGGCGAUGUACGCCAAGUCGAAACCGAUUUGCAGGACCAAAUACAAGACAUCACCGAUCGAAUGGGAUCAUCCGACGAAAACAACGUCGCCGUCACCAACGCCGAGCCUCCAAUCGAAACGAGAUCCGAGAGCGCCCCGCCUGGUCCCUCGACAGCGAGAACGAUGGCGGACGCGCCGCGGGACGGUCGUCCGCGCCACCUUCGCGAACCGCGUUCCCCGCGUCGUGGGCCCCACACCGUUGCCCACCGUCGAGGAGCUUUCUUCGGACGAUCGUUGGGUGUCGAGUCGUUGGAUGGUGCAUUCAGGCAUGCUCCGAGGCCGCCUAUCGUUAAUGGGAAAAAGACACCGGAGCCGCAGGGGGAUUGGGCGGUAAUGUUCAAGAGUAUGCAGGAGGAACAGGCCAAGAUGCGCGAAGAAAUGGUGCGCGAGCGUGUGCAGCAGGAAAGUCGGAUGAGGACGAUGGUGGGUCGACUGGAGCAAGUGGAAGAGGAGUUGGACAAGUCUGUGAAGAGGAGGGAUGAGGUCGAGCGGGAAUGUGAGGUUCUGAAGAGUCAGCAGGCGGAGCAGAGACAGUUGCUUGUACAUCUUCAAUCUGUUAUGGACAAUUUACCCAAGCCAAGUAAUGGUCUGUUGUCCUCUGAGGAAUUGUUGCAAGAUGCCAUGCGCAAUGGCGCGUCGCCUGUACAGCAAGAACUCGCUGCACUGCGCUCCGUCACGAUUUCGUCCCACCGCUCCUCGUCGCGUACUCGCGCGCCCCCUGUCGCCCCGUCUGAAGGCGCGUCGACUUUCUCCUACGGAAGCGACACCAACUCGCGUGCUACGACUACACGAACUCCCACACGAUCCACCAAGGACACUACUGCAGACCGCUCCAUGGCCAAUCCAUCCUCACGCGAGGACCGCGAUAGGGACCGCGACAGGGACCGCGGACACCGCUCUGACCGAGAGCGUCGGGAACGUACAGAGCGCUCUCAUCAUCACCACCACCGCACCAUUUCCAGCACUACUUUAUUGCUGGUUUUGUCGCUUAUUCUCGCUAUACUUGCUGUCAUGCUGUCACUCCCGAGCUCAUCCCGCCCUACUCCCGCUACACCGGGACCGCCUCCUGCUGCACCUGGCUCUUCCGCAUCCGGCGCUCCUGGUCCUCCACCCCCGCAAGCACACGGCACCGAGCCCGGCUAUGGGGUCCCCGAACCCACCGGAUUCUGGUCUCAUUUGUCUCCCAAGCGCGGCAAGGAUAUCGUCCAACGCGAAUCUCUCAUUGCCAUGCGCGAGGCCGAGCUUGCCCGUCGUGAAGCUGAAUUACUCGCCGGUCCUCCCGCAGCGAUUAUGCCGCCCAUUGUUUCGUGUCCCCCGGCGCCUAUUCAAACUGUCAUUGACGCAUAUACCUUUACCGUCACCCAUACCCUUGAGCCUAUUCUCCCGCCCCCUAUGCCCAUGGAGACGGCUACUGUGGUCAAGGAAGUCGAGGUCGUUCGUGAACAGCUUGAGCCUCCGCCGUGGUACCGCCCAAUGAACCCGCGUUUUGAUGAAGUUCUUGAUCGUGAAGCCAAGGUCGCCGAGCGUGAACGUGACAUUGCCAUGCGUGAAGACAUUGUCGGUCGUCGCGAGAACGACGCUGGACGUCGCGAAGGCUGGAUCAUGGAGCAGCUCAUGCAACUUCAAAAUGAGCCCAACAUCCCAGUCAUGGACGAUGAAUACGUUUACGAGGUUCCAGGAAUCCGUAGAAAACUAAAGGAAGUCGAAGUCGUUGAAGUCCCCGCUGAACCCGUUACCUCUCACAUUUAUGAAACCGUCACUGAACUUGAAACAAUUCACCACAUCUCGACCGCUACCGUACACGAAACCACUACUUCUGUCGUCCACGCUGUCGAAACCUCGCUCGUUAUUACUACCAAGACUGCCGUACAGAUGUCCACCGUCGUUCAGACUUCGGUGGUUGUCUCUACGUUUAUUCCUCCCGUCAAGACUGUCACAGUCCCCAUGCCUGCUGGAACUCGCGCUGCUCCCCCUGCUCCUGAGCGUCCCAAGGGCUCGCCCGCUGGUCCUCGUGGUCCCGGUCGCACCAAUGUGGUGGAGAUUGCUACGGAAGAGGAGGUUCUCAUCCCGGUUGAGAUUGAAGAGACUCAGCAAAUCAUUCCACCUCCCCAAGCUACUCUUCCUCCGCCUCCUCCGCCUCCGCCACCACGUGACACAGUGACUGUCAUGCAUGACCGCGAGUACAACCGCCAGAACGAGCCCGAGCGUGAGCGCGAACCACCACAGGCCCAGGCACCUCCACCACCCCGCCACCGCCACCUCGUGGCCCCCCAGGUGGAGGCCCUGGUCGCAAACCCCGCAACCAGCGUCCCGAGCCAACGCGUCCCCAGCGCGCGAACCCCAACCAAAAAGAAGCCAAAGGAUGGUUUGGCGGGCGUGGUCCAUGGUAGUUGA